UGUGUCUACAGCAGCACGAGCCGCACUAGCUGUCGGUAAACGUGAAUGUCUGUGGAGAUGGUGCAGCUGUCGGAGCCGGUCCGGCCCGCCGAGGCCCGGCCCGGCGGGGUCCUGCAGCAGAACCGGGUCUUCCUGGACUUCUUCUGGGACCUGGCCAAACCGGAGCAGGACGUCCGGCUGAAGGCGGUGGAGAGCCUGGUUCAGUACCUGAAGACAGGGGGCAAGGAGGAUGAGCUGGAGUACACUCUCAAAAGGCUGGUGGAUGGACUGGCUCACACGCGGGAGGCGGCCCGGCCCGGAUUCAGCCUUGCUCUGGGGCAGGUCUUGAUCGCCUUCCAGGACGUCUCCCUGCAGAGCGCGCUGGACCGGAUCAAACAGAGGCACGCCAUCCAGGCGGCGAAGAAGAAACUUGCCAGGAACGCCAUGUUCGGGAACCUGUUCGGCGUCCUCGCACUGCACCAGUCCGGCCGCCUCUCGAAAGAGCCGCAGGUGCUGUUGGGGUGUGUGCAGCUCCUCCAGAGCCUGAGUCAGCACAAGCAGCACCUGAAGGACCUUCCUUAAACCAUGGUGGACAUCCUGGUGGAGGUCCCGGAGGAGGUGUUUGAGGAGGUCCUGCUGGCGGCGCUGCAGACCGACCUGUCGGCGGCCUUCAGCACGCCGGAGCAGCUGCAGCUGCUGCUGGUCGCCCUGCAGCACUUCCCCCAGAGCCUCACGCCCAAGAAGCUGAAGAAGCUGGUGGGUUCGUCCACCGUCAUCAACGCCGAGAACAUCCCCAAGCUGACGGAGGUGCUGAAGAAGACGGCUCAGUCCGUGAAGAAGGAGAAGAUCCUCCCGCCCGUGGUCCUGGACCUCCUCAAGCUCUCCCUGAAGGAGGACAGCUUCCAGCUCUUCUGGAGUAAAGCCAUCACCGAGGGCUUGUUCCAGGAGCCGUCGGGGCCCACGCACUACAUGAGCUUCCGCCUGCUGGGCAGCGCCCUGCCGCUGCUGUCGCUCGCCCAGCUGAAGGAGGUGCUGUCCGGGGAGGUGAUGCUGCACUACGGCGAGCACGUGGUGUCGGCACAGAAACCGGACCGCUUCAAGUUCUCCCCAGAGAUGGAGGCGUACGUGUCCAGCUUCCUGGAGGGCUGCCGGGACUCGGACCGGCAGCUGGCGGUGCUGGUGGCCUUCUCCUCGCUGACUCACCAGGGCUGCCCGGUGGUGCCGCCGGUGUGGAGGGCGGUGCAGCACCUCCAGCCGGCGGCGCUGCGGAGCUACGUGGACUGGCUGAAGAGCAUGUUCCUGCAGCCUCAGAUGGACGCGCUGCUGGACUUCAGCAGCCGCAGGCAGAAAGCCAAGCAGGACGCCGCCGAGCCGAAGGACAACGCCGUCGCCCGCCUCAGGAAGUGGAUCGUUUCUCGACUCUGCUCCAUCGUCGACAACCACCAGGUGAAGAAGGAGGAGGAGCUCGUCAUGGACGUGGCCAGGUUCGUGUUCUUCCACGCUUUCUUCAGCGCCAAGAAGUCCACGCCUGAGGUGCCGGAGACCUCGGAGAAGCUGUCCGUCCCGCUGGAUGAGAGCUCCACCGCCGUGCUGGUCGGCUCCUUCUUCGGACUCCUCAUGUCCAUGCACCACCUGCCGCCCGCCGACGAGCCGCCCGAGGGGGCGGCCGGCGGCCAGAAGCGCGCGCUGGGCCUGACGGCCGACGGCACCCUGUGGAUCCACCACCUGGUCCAGUACGCCCAGCUGCUGCUGAGCCAGCCCCGACACGCCCAGCCCCGCCAGCCCUUCAGCCCCGAGCAGAGGCAGGCCUGGGACAGCGUGUUGGAGUCGGUGUCCAACUUGAAGAAGAAAGCGAAGAAGGGAAAGUCGGCGGAAAGCAACGCCUUCCAGCAGCUCUUCCUGCUGGUCGGCAUGCACCUCUUCAAGGCGCCAGAGGAGGUGCUGGACAUCAUCAAGGACCUGCAGAGCUGUGUGGACAGAGCUCUGGAGAAGAAGGCCAAGAAGAAGAAGAAGAAGCAAGACGCGGAGCAGCAGGACGAGCCGGAGUGGGUGGAGGUGAUGGUGGACAUCCUGCUGUCCCUGCUGUCCCAGCAGAGCCGACACCUCCGGCAGGUCUGCAAGACGGUCUUCUCCUCCAUCUGCGCGCACGUCAACGCCGCCGCCCUCGCCGCCAUCCUGGACGUUCUGGACCCGGAGAAGGACGACGCCGUGGUCGUCACCGACGACACAAACACAGCUCAGGAAGAGGAGGAGGAUGAAGAAGAUGAUAAAGAGAUGGAGGACGAGAAGUCAGAGGAGUCAAAUGACGAGACCGACGAGGACGAUGAUGAUGAUGAUGGAGAUGAAGAGGAGGAGGAAGAACAGGAAGAGGAAAAGAUGGAAGUGGACCAAAACUUCCGCUUGGCGAUGAUGAAGGUCCUCCACCAGAAAAAGCCUCUGGUCAACGAGGAGGAGGACGACGACGACGGCGGCGGCGCCAGCAGCGACGACGACAUGGACGACGACGCCAUGAUGGAGCUGGACAAGAGCCUGUCUGCGCUCUUCGCAGAGCAGAAGAAGAAGAAUCAGGCCAGACAGGAGGAGAAGACCAAGCUGCAGAAGGAGAGGACGCUCGUCCGACAGUUCAAGACCAAGGUGCUGGACCUGGUGGAGGUGUUCGUGGCGCGGCAGGCCGGCAGCCCGCUGACCAUCGAUCUGCUGAUGCCGCUGCUCGCCGUCAUCGAGAAAGGAAUGAGCUCCAACAGCGACCAGCAGGAGCAGGACUUCCUGCGGCGAGCCGCAGACAUCUUCAGAAACCAGCUGUGCAGGUCCAAAGUGUACUGCAGGACCGCCGGCGACCGACAGGGGGAGCUCCACGACCUGCUGGACAGCCUGCUGACCAGGAGCCAGAGGCUGUCCGACUCCUCCGUCUGCCUCUACUACUUCAGUGCGUGUCUCUACGUGGUGAAAGUUCUGCGAGGGCCGCCUCCCGCCGACGCCAAGGAGGAGCGGAACGCUGCGGCGGAACACCUGAGCUUCAUGGGUAACGUGGACAUGGAUCGAGUUCCCGGCCUCUUCAGGGACGCUCUGACGUCCUUCAUGAGCAGGAGGAAGAGUCCUCUGACCACGCAGAUGUUCACCGACCUGUUCGCCAGGUUUCCCGUCCUGUGUGUGAGCCUGUUGGACACGGCGGUGCAGCACAUCACAUCUGGAGUCCGGGAGCAUCAGCAGGGCCAGGCGUGCGUGCUGGUGCUGCGCGCCAUGCAGAGCCGCGAGGUGCAGCGGCUGCUGAGCGGCCCGCGCUGGACCCAGCUCUGCGGGGCGGUGUGCAAACAGCUGCAGGAGAGUCUGCAGCAGGUCGGCCCGCUGGAGAGCAAGGUGGCCAAGGACAAGGUGGUGAAGCUCCUGGAGCUCUGUCACUUCCUGGUGAAACACGUCCGCCAGCAGAAGCUCUCCGUGGAGCUGGAGCCUCUCCAGGAGGCCCUGCAGGCCCUGACGGACGCCAUCGCUUUCAAGAAGACGGGCAAGCUGGAGGACACAUACUGGGCCGUGAUGAAGCACUUUGGAGUCAUAAAACCCAAAGUUGAAAAGACGAAACCCGACGCGGAGGCCAGCGAAGACGCAGCUCCGAAGAAGAAGAAAGGCUUCCUCCCGGAGUCCAAAAAGCGGAAAAAGCGCAACAAGCCGGAGCCGGCGGGAGGCGACCCGGCCCCCAAAGACAAACCGGCAGCAGAGAAAGGACAAGCCAAAAAGAAACGUGACAAGAAAAACAAAGGGAAGCGAGCGGCGGACGGCGCGGCGGCGACGCAGCCCAGCCCGGCCAAGAAGAGCAAGACGCAGCCCGAGAAACAGCCGGCCAAGAAGAAAAAGAAGAAAGGCAAGCAGAAGAAAGAGGGAGGGGGGCAGAAAUGAAGUGAACACUGCAGCUCAAACGGACACAAAGAAGCUUUUUGUAAUUUUCCUUUUAAGAGCGGCUGUGUGGGCCGGCGGCGGCGCGGCGAGCUGACUCAAUGUUAGCCUGUCUCCGUACAAGAUGAUCUUUUAUUGAAAACUCUACCUGUGUGGGAAGUGAAUUAAGAAAGAUUAUUUUUCCAAAGUGUGCUUUCUUUUGAGCAGAAGAAACGGCUCUGCCAAUAAAUGUUUUUCUCCGUCUGGAAAUCCACCAAGUCUCCCUUCAGAGCAGGUCUCACACCUUCUCUCUGCAGCUUCAGUCGCUGGAAAUACUGUGAAAUGUUAAAAAAAUAAAUAAAUACAUAAAUGAGACGAGCGUCGCAUCGUCAGGGGAGAGUGCAGAGUUAAGGCUCUGCUGGUUUAUUCAGCCAACAAAUCCUCAUCAAGUCACAUCAAGUCCGACUCCUCGUUUAAAGCAAAGGAUCUGUUUAGAAGCGUCUAAAAUGUGUGUUUUCACAAAACGCUUCAGUGUCCUCUGAGCGUACACACACACACACAUUCAGACGUUUAAUGGAAAAAGAAUAGUUCCAUUUUAACCUCACAAAAGUUUGUUCCUAAUUCUUUCCUGUUUUGAAACUGUGUUAAAAUGACCUUUUCUUUUGUAUAAAUGGGUCAAAGUUAGAUAAUAAACACACCUGCAUCAUAAAUAAGCUCCUACAUGGAUAUCAAUGCAGUCUGAGACUAUAAAUAUAAAACAAUAACCUUAUUUCCCAUUAAUAUUCCAAACAUUAACUUUUUUAGUUUCACUCCAUUCUGCAAAGAUUUAGUUUUAAUACAACAAAGUUUAGGUUGUUCUUAUUUUUUCUUGGUCAUUUCAAGUGAAUGGUGUCCGUCACUGUUUGUAUUUAUAUAACCAUCAAUCAUUCAUAAAUAAAAGCUUGAAUUAGA